AUGCAGAAGCUCGCCAAGCGGGUCGCCCAGGCCCAGCGCCAGGCCGGCAAACGAGCCCAGAAGGCUGCCAAAACCGACGAGAUCAACUACAAACUUCGAAACCGACAAGCCAUUCGAGCGGCUGUUUCUGAGGUCCGACAGAAUCUUCAGGAUGCCCGCCGUGCUCGACAGGAGGAUUGGGAGCUUGGUCCUAUUGCCCCCAAGCGUGAUCUGGGAUUCAAUGGCUAUGGCAUGUUUAGUGAGGGUGUACGAACGGAUUGGUCCAACUACGGACUGUUCAGGCCACGACCAGAGGUUCUGCAGAAGAGGUGUGGUUGGGCUGGUGGUGUGAAGCAACUCAAUCUCGCUGUUUCGGAUCGUGUGGUUAUCAUGGAUGGACCGGACAAGGGCAAGAUCGAUCGCAUCAAGUCAAUCAACGUUCAAGCAGGACUUGUUACACUUGAAACCUACCACCGGGCUAUCUCUGCUGGUAUGUUUGGAAAUGACAGCCGCUCUCAGCCUAUGCCCAUCUCAAUCGGUUCCAUCCGCCUCGUAUAUCCUAUCGCCCACCCCGAAACCGGAGCAACAAGAGAUGUUAUCAUUCACGAACUUAAGGCCAUUCCCCCGAACAUGAAGUCUCCCAACAUGACUCUUGAGCGAUGGGAGCACGGAAAUAAGUGGGAUCGAAUUGUCCCUGGAAUCAACGUCAUCAUUCCUUGGCCUGAGGUGGAGGCUCCUGAAUACGAAACAUACGAAGGCGACUCGAUUCGGGAGACUGUUGAGGAUCGAACCUUUUACUACAAUCUCCUAUCCCCUCCCAUGCCCGAGACUGUUAUCGACGAGUUGCGAAACAAGUUCUCCAAGUUCCGAACACGCCACGAGGAGUGGUACGUGCAACAGAAGGAGGCGGAAGCGGCUAUGACGGAGGCUCGAGAGGAGUCUGUCCAGUCCAUGAUGACUCCUCUGCAAGAGUUCCACGCUCUGCAGCGGGAGAAGCAUGCCGAAGAGGGCGAGCCCGAGCUCAGCGAAGAGAUGCUGGAGAAGCUUGGUGGUAUUAUUGCACAAAGAAAGGAUGCCGCUCUCAAGAAGGCUGGUGUGUCAGAAGUUGCGGCUGCGGAUACUUCGAUACCUCCUUCACCAACAACACCUCCAACUCAAUGA